AUGUCGAGCUACGCACAAUUAAAGGAGAUGGCGCUCAAGAAGGCCGAGGAGGAGCAGGCCUCUCUCAACCGCGAGCGCGAGCACAAGGAGCGCGAGGCCGCCGCCAAACGCGCCGCACGGGAAGCGCAAGAGCGCGAACAGAAGGAGCGCGAGCGCAAGAUCCUAGUCCAGCGCAUGGCUCGCCAGAAGGAAGAAGAGACUCGCGAACGAUUGCGCAAGGAGCAAGCUUCGAAGCUUCGAAACGAGACCAUAGCGACAGAUGAUCCCAUAGCCAAGUCUAAGCUCGCUGGAGGUGCAGGCGCGACACUGUCACGUCCGGACGCCGACAAGCUGAAAAAGCCCGGCUCCACUUGGAGGGAGAACCUUUCGGGUCAGCUGAAAGCCAACUCGAACAGUAACCCCGUCGCGCGCAGGAAGCGCAAGGUGGAUGAGGACGACUUUGUCGGAAAUCGCUUCGACAAGCCGAGUCGGAAGUCUUCCUCUUCGGCUUCUGCUUCGUCCAGCGCUAGUAAGAGGAAGCCGGUGCCGUUGACGCGCGAGGAGAAGCAGGCCAUGCGCCGGGCAAGGGAGUUUGGCUCGCUUCCCAGGCUGCCGCCCAUCAGCCGCGUCGGGGCAACACCGUCCACAUCCAGAUCGAAUUCGAGUAUCAACACGAGCGAUGCAUCGGCAAACGCAAACCGCACAUCCGCGCGUGCCCAUCUUGCCAAGGAGAAUGGCCUGGUCGCACUCGGCACCAAGAAGCGCGAUCACCGUUCCAUCGACGAGAUCGAGCGCGACCUUCGCAGGCAGAGAGAGGAGAAGGAGCAGAGCAAGAAGGAGGGCAUGUCGGAGGCUGAGCGCGAGCGGCAGGCGGCGCUGCUUCGAAGGCAGAGAGCCAUGGAAGGGAAGCGCAAGUCGGAUCAACAAGAUCGAGAACGACAGGCGGCCAAGAAUGAAGCAGAGAACGGCGACGGCAGCGACUCCAAAGAAGACCUCUAUGGCUCGGAAGACGAUCGGCCAUCCGGAUCGCGUGCUUCACAGCAGAAGGCAGCAAAGACAAAUGGCCUUCCGUCAAUUCCAAAGCGGCCGACCAACGUCGGCGCUCCUCCCACGCCAGCGCAGCCGAAAGAGCCGAAGCCUUUGGGCGGUCGAGCGGCUGGCGGUAUAGACCCAGCCGACUUCCUGCCGGGUGCACCGUUACGUCCUGAGGUCAUGGCGAGACUCACGGAAAAGGCGAAGAGCGCGUCCGGCCGGGGGCACGCCGCUCGAUCGCCCGAAAGAGAUGCUGCGCCCCAGGCCAAGCGCGUCGCAGCCGAAGCAAAGACGAGUCCUGCAGCGCCGUCUCCACCUGCGUCUGCUCCGCCGCGCAGAGAGACGGCGCGCGACCGCUUCAUCCGCGAGCAGGAGGAGAAGAAGAAGAAGCUCGCUGCAGGCGGCAGCGAUCGCCGAGACGAGCUUCGCCGAUCAGGCUCGCCCGACGAGUACGAGAGCGAGGAAGAGUACGACGAAGACGAGUACGAGAGCGAUGGGAUGAGCGACGACGAGGCGGGUGGGGGCGGGGCGAGCUACCGAGACGAGAUCUGGAAGAUCUUUGGCAAGGACCGCAAGAAGUAUGCGAGCCGCAUGGUGGAUAGCGACGACGAUAUGGAGGCGGAUGCUGGCUCGGUGCUGCAGGAGGAGUUGAGGAGUGCGCGCCAGGCGAGGGAGGAGGAUCUGCGCGAGGAACAGCGCGAAAAGGAGCGAGAGCGGGAAAAGAUGCUCCGCAAGCAGGCGCACAAGCGCGCAUCCGGCCGCUGA